AUGCGCAGCGUCGCCAACUUCAACGAUGAUGAUAAAGAGCGAGUUAAAAAGCAGCGCGCGCGUCAAAGACGUCGAUGUUGGAGCAUACCUAGCGGGCAUCUGGUAGGGACGAAGGCGUUUCCCUCCCGCGGGCUGGCGGAGGGCAGGCGGCCAGGGGCGUGCGCGCUGCGCGACCACACGUCGAGCAUGACUCUAAUCUACUUUAUUACU